AUGGACUUUAAACAUUCGAAGAAUCCACCAAAACUAUGUGGUAUGGAAAAUCAUCCUAUUACAAUUAAGGGUGAAGGAUUUCUUCAAAUAAAGAUUGAUAACAGUAAUAAAACUAUAAAGACGAAAGUCUAUUUUUGUCCGUACGAGAGUGCAACUGUAUUAUCGAUCGCAACAUUACAGGAAGACACUGGUUAUGAGCUCGAAAGAGGUUAUAAAUUCCUGACUAACAACAUUUUAAGAAUUAAGGUCUCCAAAGUGGAUAAAACCCUUUGGAUCAAUUCAAAUAACCUUUUGGUGAAAAAUGAAAUUAAAAAUAAAACAACCAGUAAUAAAACAGUCCGAGUUGUAACAAACAAAACGAAGAAGAAAGUUUCCAUUCAAGAAGCACAUGCAAAAUUCAAUCAUAUUGAUAAGAAUGUAGUUAAGGCUACCAUUGAAUCAGGUAUUUUUGCAGAUGUAGACGGUCUAAAAGAAACUAGCACUGAAAUUGCUCAAUAUCAAUGCGAAGACUGUUUAAGAGGAAAAUUGAAAACCCAUAAUCAUUACACAGGUUCCAUGAAUGCUCACUAUGUGAAUGUUCUACCAGGUGCAUCAUGGAGUAUUGACCUUCGUGGUCCAAUUGUACGUUCUCACAAGAACGUUCCUCACUACCUAUUAGUGAUGGUUGAUAAUGUAUCACGCUAUAUGAUGAUUAGUACACAUUUGGAUAAAUCAUCACAAUCGAUACCUCGACAAAUCAUCAAGAACAUUCAUCUAAUAGAAAAUCAGUUCGAUCGAAAGGUUAAAGAACUGAUAACAGACAGAGGUACCGAAUUUAACAACUCGGUUCUCAAAGAAUUUAUUGACGGUAGAGGAAUUAAAUGGAUCCUAACCGACACCGACGACCAUGCAUCCAAUGGUCGAGUCGAAAGAUAUAUUGGUGUACUAAAUGCAGACUUGAGAACUUUAAUGAUUCAAAGUCAACUUCCUUGGAAACUAUGGAAGUACGCUGCUAUGGCGGCAACAGAUUCCAGAAAUACCUCUUUGAACAAAAUGACUGGGCAAACCCCAUUCAACAUGAUUUCUGGUAACAGCGAACCUUUGCUAUAUAAGUCCUUAAUACCAUUUGGACAAAAAGCUUUUGUAAAGGAUCACAAAAAGAUUAAGACGGGACUACAAGGACUGGAAGCCCUAGCACUAUGCAAAGAUCCAGAGUCUCGAGGCUAUUACUUCUAUCUUCCGGAGACGAGAAAGAUAGUAACAACGAGUAGUUUCAGCUUAUUGAAAGCUCAAACUAACCAUCAACAUAAUGAACACGACAUUGCCGUUCAUGAUGACGACAUAGAUAUGGAAUCACUCAGCGAUGAACGUGAUUACAACAUAACUAUUGACAGUGACGUUAACAACACUGACCUAUCCACCGACCUAUCAGGAACAGAUGAAACUGAAGAAGAUGAACAUUCGUCACAGGAGGUGGAGUUUACACAUGAAAAUAACGAAAGUGGUCAACAAGAGGUAGAAUUAGAAAAGAUACUCGACGAAGUCUAUGAGGUACCAUCUCAACUAAGAGAAAACCGAGUAGACAAGAUUAAGGAAGUUCAUCUUGAUGAGACUACUAUUACAGACAGAACGAAAUCGAAACUAUCUGCAACUCCUCAUAUUAAACCACUAUCGGAAAAAUUUUAUGAAUCUGAAGAGGAAGAGGAAGAUUCUACAGUUGAAUCAGUAUCUUCACAAGAAAUUCCUGAGGACGAAAUUCAAUCUGAAUCAGUAUCUUCAGAAGAAAUAUCUGAGGCUGAACCUUCGUAUGAAUUAAUAACUCCACAAGAAAUAUCUGAGGACGAACCUCAAGACGAAGUAAUCACUCCACAAGACACAUCUGAAGACGAAGUUACGAAUGAAUCCGUACCUUCACGUGAAAUUCCUGAGGACGAACCUCAGCAGGAAGAAGUAUCAACCUUCCAAGUGACUGGCAAUGAACAUCAACUCAUGACAGGGCAGGUUCCAGAAACGGAUAAACAAGAAAGUAACAAUGGACAAAUAUUAUUUCAACCACCAGUAGACAAUACUGAAUCCACUGAUGAAGAACAUUCUUCUCAUUUACAACAGCGAAUUAACAACUUGCUCAAUAAGAAAUUUUAUUCCAUUCAAAAACCUUCCACUAAACGUAAAUCUGCUCUUUACAAACAGGCACUGCGAGCCCAUGAUUUUGAUGAAAUGAAGAAAAACCGUCCCUUACAAUAUGAGGUUCCAGUGGUUCAUACUAUUCGUUCCAUGUAUUACAACGAGGCCAUCACGAACAAUACCAAUAUGAAAACAAGAAAAUUAUUUCAAGAGGCUUAUCAAAAGGAACUUGAUAAUUUAAAACGUAUGCUGGUGUUUGAUAUCCAGAUGGGCAUUCCUCGAAAUCAGGUUCCUAAAGAACAAAUCAUCCCAGUUCAAACCAUUUUUAAUGUUAAGCGGGAUGGAACACAUAAGGCUAGAAUAGUAUGUCGCGGUGAUAAACAGACCGCAUCAACAUAUGGUGUAAUCACAACUGACCUUUUACAAAUGGACACAUUGAAAUUACUGUUGAUGAUAGCUAACAAUAACCGAAUGGUGGUACAAACCUUAGAUAUAAAUCAUGCAUUUCUGUAUGCUGAUCUACAGGAGGUGAUAUAUAUACCACAUCCGUAUGAGCCGAGGAAGGUGGUUCAGCUGAAUAAGGCCCUAUAUGGUCUAAAACAAAGUCCAAAAGAGUGGAAUGAUCAUUUAAGAAAAUAUCUAAAUAAUUGCUCACUCUAUGACACUGAAUACACGCCUGGGUUAUUCAUGAAUAACGAAAAAUCCAUUAUCAUAGCUGUUUAUGUCGACGACUGUAUUAUAGCUGCUAAAAACAACAUAAUACUAAAAAAGUUUAUUAACAAAAUGAAAGAAACUUUUGAAUUGAAAAUAGUCGGCACAAUGGAAAAAGGCAUCCUAAAAACUGAUAUUUUAGGAAUGGACUUAGACUACGACAUAACGAAAGGAGAAAUAUCCUUAUCAUUGGAAACAUACUUAAAAAGCAUAGAGAAUGAUUGGAUUGAUGAGAUAAAUUACAUAAAAUUUGACAACUCUCCUCAUUGGUCAAGCUAUGAUAAGAAAACCAAAGGAAUUCCAAUCCUUUCUGAAAUAAGAAAAAAAGAGAUAACUAAAAACCUCCAAAUAAUGGCAGGUAUAAUCAAUUAUAUCUUAACAAGAUGUCGUUAUGAUAUCGCGUUCGCGGCAAACAAGUUGGCAAGAUCAGUGAACACACCAAAUGAGCAAUCAAUCAAAAUAGCUCACAAAAUUUUAAAAUAUCUUUUCACCACAAAAGAUCGUAAAUUAAUUUACAGAAGGGAAACCGGAAGUAAACCAAAGAUAAAUAUAGUAACUGACGCAUCAUUAGGUACAGAAUGGGACUAUAAAUCGAGAAUUGGUAUAAUGGUUUGGUAUGGCAGAAAUCUAUACAAAGUCAUAUCAAGAGCAACAACUUCAAUUAGAGUAUCAUCUACAGAAGCUGAACUUGAUGCCAUUUAUGAAGGAUUCAAGGAAGGUAAAUUAUUGAAGAAAGUUUUAGAGAAACUAAAAAUAUUAAAUAACAUUGACAUUAAUAUAUUUACUGAUUCCAAGCCUAGUAUACAAUUUUUAAACAAAGAUUACAGAUCCAAGAAAAGAGAUAAGUUUAUAGAUCUAAAACUAGCAAAGUUAUCAGAACAAGUUCGAGAGAAUAUUAUUGCUAUAGAAAAGAUACCUGGUGUAACUAACGUUGCUGACAUUUUAACCAAACCGGUGACAACGAUUCAAUUUAAGAAAAUAAUUGAAUGUUUAGAGAAUAAAUUAAAUCCUGAAGACAUUCUUCAUAUAACUGAACUAGAAGAAUCAAAAUUC